CAGAACGUUUGAUUCAUUCACUUUCGGAAGAGUUUCUACGGAGCAGUUUCUGUAGAGGCCACGCUGCGUCGCCGCGCCGGGAGUCGACACCGUGUGCCGAUGCCCGAAGAGCAGCUGUCGCUGCUUUUUUGGCGAUCGUCCAAGCUCCUUUCCGGGAUUUCGGAUCGGCGAGGACUAAUUGGCCGGCUCAAAACAACGCCGGCGCGGGUGCGAAAAUUGUGUCAUGUCUUCGAUCGUGUUCGCAGUGUGAGGUUUGAAUAGCCGUCGACCGGCUCUGCCGGUGGCCGGAACGCUGUUGACAACCGCUCGUGGCACGAGACAGACACCACUGCCGCAUGGACAAGGCUAGCGCCGCGGAAGUGUCCCAGCCGAGUGCCGCCCAGACAGCAGCGAGAAGCGACGAAACAGCGUCCGCCGACGCCAGCGCCAAGCCUUCGACAACUGCGGCCGACCAAGCACAAAGCCAUCAUCAUGACCUCCCACAGAAGACAGCUGACGUUACUGCGGUGCCGGUCGCCGCAAACGGACACUCAGCGACUCAGGAACCGGCGAAGCCUCACGAAGGCGUCGCGCCAGCCCGGGAGGCCAGCGGCGAAUCUGAGCGGACUGCACCGGUGAGCGACGCCGGAGGUGGCGAAAAAGCUGUGUCUCCGGCGAAGAGUCAACCCCCUCCAUCGGACGAGAAGCGAUCGUCCGGCGCCGCCCCGAGCACAUAUCCCGAGCCAGACAGAGUCUCCACCGAAGUGCCAGAAAAGAAGCCUGUGAUGGAGGAGAAAACAGAACUAACGGGACCAGAAAAGGAAUCGUGUGAGGUGUCUCCGUCGGCUCCGGCGGCCGAUCGAGAUGGUGCAGUGCCUUCGCAAGACAAAAAGCAACAGCAACCCGAGAGUGAUAGCAUCGUGGCCAAGAAACCUGCCAAAGAAGUGGAGGAAGGGAAAGACGUCGGCUCCAAAGGCGCAUCCACGCAAACUGACCAAGAGCCCCAAGGAAUGGCCGAAGAAAAGCCCGGUGCCAAAACUGCCGACGCCGUCACUUCCCCGGCAGCAGGUGUGACUCGCGAAGAAAAGCGACUGGCGGAAGAUAGUAGCGAAGCUUCGGAAACAGCUCCCAGCGCAUCGACAAAAGUUACCUCGAGCGCUGCUGAGGCAGGCGAAAGCAAGGCGGAGAACGCGAAGCCAUCUCACCCGGUGGGGUUGCCCCAGGAGACGUGUAAAUCUGUCGCGGACGCGGGCACUAAAGUUCCGCAGGAACACGCCAGUCCCGCCGGGGACGGCGCGAGUUUACAGCCCUCCGCGAAUGGCGCUGGUGAUGCGAAGCAGCCCACACCGGACGACACGAGGCCCAAAUCUUCCAUUCCGCCGCCGCCAGUGUACGAGGCGCCAUCGAGGACUAGCUCGGCAAAGGAUGAACCGAAACAGCCGCAGCCAGCCGAAGAGGACAAGCAAAAGGCACAAAUGGCUGAACAACCGGCGGAAACGAUAAAAGGAAACGGACCUUUGGAGGCAACGAGGCUGCAAGAAGUGACCGAAUCAAUUAUGCCAGCUACGGCGUUCCAAACUGGCACGACUGAGACGGCGCGUCCUGACGCAAUACGGAAGGAGUCCGCACCCAAGGAAGCGUAUUCAAGCAGCGGUGUGCUAAACGACCUAUUAGACGAGGAAGCAAUCAAGGCGCAAUUGUACCCCGCCGAGGUGGAGGGCUUGGCUCAGCCGAAAAUGGAAGAAGUGAAAGCAACGGAAGCCAGCAAACCGCAGUCCGUUGCUAACGAGACCGAGAAGAGUGCCGCCAGCGGUCUUCCGAGCUCCAGUGAAACAAAAAUCCAACCGGGAGCCAAAACACCGCAACCGGACGUCGAGCGUGAAGAAGCCCACGACGAAUCGCGGGAUGUUCUCGACGCCGAUGUGAAAGCAGGCGACCGGGCAGAAACACCAGGGGCGCAAGUUUCCGAGAAAGAAACGGUUGUAUCUAGCAAAGAGGUCACCAAAGAAGAGAAGCCUGACGAAGUAGUGAAAGAAGUACCACCUUCUCCUCCCACUACGAAACAAACAGAAGAACCCGAAAAGGAAAAGAAAAUAGCUGACGAAGUCGAAAAGGCCGAUGAGCUCGAGAAUCAAGUGGACACGACGUCAAGUGCAAAGCCUGAAGCUCCUCUACAGGAAAGCAAGGUCGCCGAAACAGCUCCGCUAAAGGAGAGUGCCGAACGAGAGGACGAGAAGGCGAAAGCUGCCGCUAGUCCCGACAAGCAAGAGGAAAAAACUGAAGAAAAAGCGGAGAGUGUCACCAAAAAAGAUGACGCCAAAGAAGUUGUACCACCUGACGCCACGCAGAAACCCAGCGAGCCUUCUCCGGCUAAGGAAGAAACCACGCAAGUUGGCGACGUCACCGCAGAGAGUGACAAGCCGUCAAAGGAAGCGGAGCGCACUCACGAAGACGACGCAGCAAAAGAUACGUCCAAAGCCGCGGCUUCUCCUGAACUGGGCGUCGCUGAGAAGGAACCAUCACAGGCAACCGUGGAAGAAACCUUGUCGAAUGAAAAAGAAGCGGAUCAGAACGUGCCAAAGGAGGCAGAGGGGGUACCAGGGGAACUCGACGUUCAAGAGCUCCCUCCUCAAGAGCCAGAAAAGACAGGCGAAAUUAAAACACACGAAGAAACAGCGACGCCGAAACUUUCAGAUGUGGUUACAGAGCCAGAGAACAAAGAAAAAGAAAGUAAAUCUGCAGAAGAGCCGUCGAAGGAGCCACCCGGCGGCUCUGAAGUGUCGGGCGCUCCAGAACCGGCAACUCAGGAAGAAGGGGCGGCCGCAGUUAAACCGCAGGAAAGUGUUCCAGAAGUAACCAAAGACAAAGCGGAAGCGUCCGAGGAAGAAAUCGUAAAGACAGACGAAGUCCCCAUUACUACAGCAGUCAAGGAAGAAGUAGCCCAGCCAGAGCCUAGAGACGAAGCCACACCAGAAAAAGUAGAAGACGAAGUACCCGAGUCUGGUGACAAGGCUAGUGAAGAAGCAACAACACAGGUUGAAGCUGCUCAAAAAGAAGCUGAAGAACCUAGCACUGACAUGCCAGUGGCUGCGGACGAGACGACGGCACAGGCAUCUGAAGACCAAGGUGGUGAAGAAGCAGCCGCUGCCACCGAAGCUGAGCCAGAGGCUGCAGACGAAGGCACAAAACCUUCCGAGGCUGCCGAAGAAAGUGAGAAGCCGGUGACUGAAGCAGUGUCCGAGGAAAAGACCGAAGAAGCCACCGACGGGGCAGCUCCUUCCGAACUUGAACCGACGCCACCUGCGGAAGCAGUGAAAAAGAAAACCGGCUUGCCCAAGUCGCCGUCCAAGCGCGCGACGGGCAAAGGUCCGCCCAGGACCCUUGACAAAAAAGAGACUUCCGCAGCAGCAGACGCAAAGGCAAAGACGCCCAGCUCUCCCAAGAAGCCCAGCAGCAUUCACGAAAAAGGCGGACCGUCGCCUAAGAAGACUGCGCCAACCAAGAAUGGCGUCACCUCCCCGUCGAAGACGGCGCGGACACCUGGCUCCGAGCAAAAAAAACUACCUCCAAUCAAGGCUCCUGUGGGCCAGGCACCCAAACCCGACCUGAAGAACGUGCGCUCCAAGAUAGGCUCGCUGGACAACAUCAAGCACAAGCCUAAGGGCGGAGAAGUCAAGGUAACGACGCAAAAGCUCGAGUGGCGAGCCGCCCCCAAGGUGGGCUCCUUGGACAACGCGGCGCACAAGCCGGGAGGCGGAGACAAGAAGAUCCUCUCACAAAAGCUGGAGUAUAAGGCGCAGUCAAAGGUCGGGUCGCUGGACAACGUCGACCACAAGCCGACCGGUGGCCAAGUCAAGGUGGAGACCCAGAAGCUGGACUUCAAGGACAAGGCGUCGUCCAAGGUUGGCUCCUUGGACAACGUCAAGCACAAAGCGGGCGGCGGCAACGUAAAGAUCUUGUCCGAGAAGCUCGAGUUCAAGGAAAGGGCAGCUUCGAAGAUUGGCUCCUUACCAGCCUCGGAUGCCGGAAGCACACGAGGCUCGGAAUCGCUAAGUCCCACAAACCUGACCAGUCCCCACCCGGCGCAGUCGCAGCAGAGCCAGGAAGACGACGUUGCUGCAGCAGCCAAUGGCCACGAGUCGGACAUCUCUCCCACCAAGGAUGAUGUGGCAGCGCCAUCCAGCGGCGUCCCUGCGUCGGCGCCGCCCCCUGAAGUGGCCCAGUGUUGAUCCGUCGUCGAGUGACCCGCAGGGGGAGACUAUGUAGCCCGCGCGGAAAUUGCUCGUGGCCAUGGAAGCUAGCGGUUUUCCUCAUCUGCUUCCAUUGUUCGCCGAACAGGCGUGCCAUCAUUUGCCAAAGCGUUUCUGCCAGGUGUUACUCCUUGUUGCAGACGUUAGGUAUAGCAGCUGCUCGCACGCGAAUGCACGGGACAAACCCGACAGCAGGCUGCCCGUUUUCAGGAGUCCAGCAUAGCCAUGUCUGCCAGUGCGUUGCAGGAACUAAUCGGAUGGCGGAAGAACAUGAACAUGACGACGUUUUGCCAGUGAUGAUGAAUGCUGUUACAAGCGCUGCUGAAGAGCACGUAUAGUUGAAGGUCAGAUUGAAAGUGAGUGAAUGUGGGAAACGUAAUUGAAGAAAUGACAUUGGCAGUUAAUAUUGCGCAGCUCGAUGGCUGUAUAAGAAAUGAGGCAUUGAAGGAGCCUGCUGGGACUGAUGGUUGUAGGCAAUCAGGCUGCAGCGUCACCUCGCGAGAAGUGUGCAAAAUUCGACCCGUCUUCUGAAUAUAGUGAACGAUAUCGUUGCAACACGCCGUUAUUGACUCUGAAAGCACUUUUCUCGCUUCGGUGGUGCCAGCAUGUUGUGUUGUGAGAACUUUCUCUAGGAAAAGUGUUUCUGAAUAGGCAUCCCCCUCCAUUGCGCACAAUCAUCAUAAUUUCUAUUUGCAGGAGAGAACAAAGGCGGAUUAGUGCUAUAGUGACUGCCGAUCUAACGUAUACGUCCUAUGCGCAAAACAUCGCUACAUUAGGUAGCAGCGUAUCUAAGGAAGAUGCCCUGAAGAUACCUUUCGAACUUACAAGAAUGGGCUUUACUAGUAGUCGCGUAGGAUAAAACUCGGCGUAACGCAGGAGAACAAAGGCUUUCGAGGUUUGCGAUGAUUCUAAAAAGUUAUCUCUCGAAACAAAAAUAUAGAGGUCACAACAAGCACGCAUUGUUCAGAUGUGUAGCCAUGACGUUUUCGAGUUCUCGAUGCUUUAAUCCGCCUGGAGGACCGGUUGAUCUUUAGUCGCUGCAUUAGCACACCUGGCUUCUUGUGAUGCUUAGACUAGAAGAUUCACUGGGAACAAAACAUCAACGCGAAAAAUGGUGACACGACCAUUCGUGAAAGAACAGUGAGAUAAGAAAGAAACUGCCUAGAACGUGUGGCCACGAGCAUUUCUGGAUAAGCAACUGGAUGCUGGACAUAGCCGAACAGACAAGCGCCAUUCUAUAUAACAAAGUACACACCCUUUUUCCCCCGUCUCCGUGAGUCAGAUAAGCGGUACUAAUUUCUCGUAUUUAUAUAGAGAAAACAUAACUUCGUGUUCCAUGCAUGUCAAGGAUUUGAACACCUCCCCCCCCCCCCCCUCCCUGUUUCCACGUGCUUUCUUCUUUCUAUUCUUACUGUAUUUUCGUGAACAGUUUUGUGUUUGCCUGAAUUUCAAGGUGCACAACCUUUUCAGGUGCCGUAAGAUUAAACGGUGGUGUGGCUUGCAUACUGGAGAAAUGAAAGGAAGCACUACACUGUUUGACAUCCUCCUGAUGAUACAAUACAUUCAGAUCAUGACGAAUGGACUCCUUCGGCGAGCUGGCGUACCAUUAGCAGAAAACAAAGCCGGAACUCUUAGCGCAUACUACAACCUAAUUUGCCAAGAGGCCCUUCAUAUGAAAUGAAAAUGUAUCAUGCUAUAGUUUCAGACUGUCAGUAAUUUUUCGAGGGCCUGACACCUCACGUGUUUCCUCGUGUUCCCUAAUAAAUGCAACGUAUCCACUGGAUACCCGGUUACUUGUUUACACGGUACAUACUAGUAAACGUGUCGUACUUCCCUAUUGCAGACCCCCCAGCCCCUGGCCCUGCGAAUUCCUUUCCCUACAAAUUCUGUGUAUCUGUGACGUAGGUAGUCGUUACCGAAAUACCAUAGUCACAGAAAUUGUCUAGGGCAAUGUAAACCACUCGUUGGAACUCUGGAGACGGAGAAGGCGCCACUGCGACGGCUACAGCGGCAGGAUGGUUUGUCGCUAAUACCGUCAGAUCAUUGUCCCGUGUGACAGCAGAAGUUUUUGAGUGAAGCUAUAACGCCACAUGUAGGGAACUGGGGAUGUAAAGAUGCAGCACAAGUUGUCCUGUUUUUUGGUCUACGUUCUCUUUUGGAGCACUAAUAUACCGUAACAGAUGUUGUACUGUGACUGCCUUUCUAUGAUAGCUUAUACCGGUACUCGCUUAAGCGCCCGUUGGUUAUCCAGGGUUCAACGCCGCCCGCGAGCCCGCUUUGUUUUCCCGUGACCCGUCGAGCGGCAACCCCGACCCCGUAGCCUUUCGUACUCUUGUUUAGACGUGUCGGAAGGCAGGACGUGCGCUGCUCCAGACCCUCGGAAUCAGUGCGAGGCGCGUGCUCGUUUGUUCACAGUGGUAAGCGAUACGUUUGACAAGAGAUCGGCUGCAAAUGGAAUCGGUCGCUCGGCCGAUGACACGUUUGCGAAAAGAGUGCCUGUGUAAGUCUAGCUGACCGCUGUGGCUUGCUCUGUAAAGGACGUGCUAGAGGAUUUUUGAGGCUUAGAAGACUGCGUCGCUAGGAAACAAAUAUUGUGAAUGUGUACAUGGUCACUAACUAACCUAGCACUAAGCAUACUAUUAGCUCUGUUUAUUUUCGUAACGAGCAUUUUUGCCUAGGUGUGACAAUACAAGAGAUUGUUUGACGGCUACGCUGCUAUCUAUACUCCACGUGCACACAUGUGCGUUUAACGUGGUGACCUAUUUGUUGAGAGCUUCAGUGCAAUGGCAGUUCCUUCUGACAUGGCGAGAGUCGCCAAAACAUUAUCGGAUUACUACUUUAUUUUAAAGUGUCUUCGCUUCAUAGAAUACGUCAAAAAGGCACUCCACUCCCCGUGAUAUGUCGCCCUUCAGUCUCUCGUCAUUGUAAGAACAGCAACUGAGUGCUGCUUCGACAUCAGACUCGACAUACAAAUCUCUUUCGCAAAAUAUUACCGCACCUCCCUUUAACGUCGCGACCGUGCUCCCACCUCUCACCUCGCCACGCGUACGCGACAAACGCGCUGAAUUAACGCGGCUCUAAGCAAAUGGCAGAGGUAACUCUUGGUGCGCCGCCCGCUUUCGACGUCAAAGCGCGGUCAUCGAUUCCCAUCACGCCUGCGUUUCCCUUCUGCUUAUGCGGCCUGUUCUACAAGCUGUGACUCCAUUAUUAUCUCCUGGACGUUUGGCGUCGCUAUUUGGCGCCACGUGUUGCAAUUGAAGAGAGCUGCACGAAUUCGCUUGUAAAUAUAAGAACCACUGGCAAAUUUUUUAGGGCGCACAGCUUGGAAGUAUCUAUCCGAAGUAUAUUACGGACUCCUCCUCCUCCUCCUUGCAAAAAUAAAAAUGUUCCCCCUCACCCAGGUCCGAAUCCUAAGCGCACCUGGAUGCUGCGACGCAGCCUAAAUUGUCCGUCAUUAUCAGAAUAUUGUAAAUGUAACCAGCGUGACUUUUCCUGUAGAAGUGUGCGAACUGGCACUCUGCAAAAAUGCGAAGCCUGCCCUUCUGCUUGUGUCUUGUGGGAUGUCAAAAAAAGAAAAAAAAAAAAGGCUGGAUUGCUGGUGAUGAUUUCUUCGCAGCACAGCUAGACGUUUAUAUGUCGUGGCUGUUCCAAAAAAAAAAAAAAGGCAAGCUACAUUCCUUUGGCCAUUUUAUUAAGCAUUUUGGUUCUCGGAGAGCAGUGGACACGUUUAAUCAUUCUUUGUAAACGGUUCCCUGACAAUGUGAAAAUGUAGUGAACCGGAAAUUGUAACAGAAAAGGGUGACGGAUUCCACCGAGCAAGGUGGACAACAUUAUGAAUAUUGCCCUAAUUAAUCGUGUAAUUUGGAUGAUCUGCUUGAAAGCUCCGAGUGUCACAAAAGAAUCGGCAACACAGAACAAUAGAAUGAACGUAAAAGACGACUGCCGUAUUCGACGGCUUUCCUGUUAAAAUUCAAACCAAUGCUUCAGUUCUGCUUCAGCUGGGGAAGUGCUGCCUGUGUGAUAAUUUAACUCCUUCACGUAGUUCUUGCAUCUGCAGCUUUGCAGUCGUACUACAAGACUAAGCUGUCCAGGGCAGUAUUCAUAAUUCAAUACCCUUUGCACGAUGGACUUCUAGUGGUUUCUGUUUGUAUAAGAAGGCUACAUGCUUUUUUGUCAUGUGCUUUGUAACGUGUGGAACAGCAAAAGUAAUGCAUUGAAAUGAGAGCAUACACAUACUAUACAUAUACAUCUAGAGUCUGCCCCCUCAGAGGAGUUCAUGUGCCAUUUUGUACCAAAUUUUUUAUAAGAAUUGUGCACAGUGCACUGUAGUGUGCUUCCCCUGCGUUCACUUGGACACGACAGUACUGUUGUCGACAAGGUUGCGUUUUCUUCAUGUAUAGCUUAAUUUAUUUGCAAUAAAUGUAUCUGAGGGUAAUACGUAGUUUACGCAUGCUGUCGACUGUCUCUUCCAUGACGUCAAAGCAUUAGUUAAAUUCUAAGAAAAUAAACAUACUUGAUAAGCAUUUUUUAAAUAGCCAAAUGUAGCAUUAACUUCACUGUGCCUAACUACCGACCAACCUCAGUUAUAUUUUAUUUUGUUUAGUAACUACAAAGAGCCUGUACAUGCCCUGAUUGAAAACGAUCGUUGCAUGAAUUAUUGCUGUCACAUGUUUCCUUGCUUUCAGCAGAAGAUGAAAGCAGCAUGACUAAGUGACAAGCGCGUUUAUUCAUUUACGUUCUAAGGAAUGGAUUGUUGUUGCAAGAAUUUUUGUGCUGGUUCACUGUCGCGCGAAGAUUUGCUGCAGUUUGAGAGCGAGAAGUGCAAAUGGAUGAAAACUGCCAAGAUACAAUAAAGCACGUAACAAAAAAAGGACAAUGAUUAUCAGGUUGAAGCUACUUGUAGCCCCCAGCAACCUCAUAUAAGAUGUUUUCUCCCCAGCUUUGUAACUUGACGCCCCAACAGCGUGGUCUAAUAUUAACACAAGUAAAGGCAGUGAAGCUACUCUUCAGUUUUACCUAUUGUCUCAUUUCACAGCGUGUUUUCUUCCUCUUUGAUUUUCCUUUCCGGCUCCCUUGUGAUGAUCGGUUUUUUUUUAAUUCGAUGGCAUGCUAUGCAUUGUUUGCCAAACCAAACGUGUUGAUACACCACCACUCUGCCUGCUUCUAAACGGGAACUGUAUUUUGUAGGCCCAAUAAACCAUAGGCAUUAACCGAUCACUGCGAA